AUGGAGGUUAUCAAUUUCUUUAGAACAGCAUCUGACCAUAAUAUGAUGAUUUUUGAUACUGAUAUGAAGAAUGAUAGAAGGAAGAAGAGGUUUCAGUUUGAUAGCUCUUGGGUAAAAUUGGAGGGAGCGAAAGAAGCAGUUCCGGUUGGGUGGCAAAUCUCUGUGGAAGGGUCUCAGAUGUACCAAGACCUCUUGAUUGCAGGAGGUUGUAAUUGGGAUUCCAAUCUGGUAAAUGCCAUAUUUGUUGCUGAGGAUGCUGAGAAAAUUCUGCAAAUCAAGACUCUGAAUCCAAGGAAAUCUGAUAUGUGGAAUUAUUCCUUUGUGGCUAAUAAGAAGUUUUCAACAUGCUCAGCUACACCACUAGAGCCACCGGCGGUGCCUCCCAUUCGUAGCGAAAACCGAUGCAUGCGACAAGAGCUACGUGCACAUGAAGGUGUGGGUCAUUCUGCAAUUCGGGAUCAUCGUGGGCUCCGUGGCGGGCCUCGUUAG